UAAAACUAAUUUAACCUGAUCUGAUCUUCAUAUUUUAAGAGAUUAUGGGCUCAAAAAAAUUUCAUUAGUACAUUUUUUCAUUUUUUUAUAAUUGGUUUUCUUUUAAUUGCAUAAAAGAACACAAAUACAAGAUUGUCUAUGGCCCAUAUUUGUUUUUAAUAUCAAUAUAAGCCCAAUUAAACACACAUAUUUUGGAACCCAAUUUUGCAAGCUCAAUUCAAGAUAAGGUAAAAGUGGGAAAUCCUAAGAUGGAAGUGAACAGUUUUGUCGUACAAACAAUAAUACCAAAGAGUGUCUAGGUUUUAUACAGAAACCAGAUGAUGAUUAGCUUGCCGUCGCAAACCCUAUUUGAAAGAGGGAUGGAUUGGAGGCAACGUUUGUUGUAUCAAAACAGAGACAGUUAUUUGUUCCCUACAAGGUAAAUUUCUAAAGUUUCCAUAGUUAUAUAUUUCUCUUCUUCAAUUAGUCUGGUUCUCUCAUCUUGACAAUCAUUAAAGUCAAGAUUAUUUUUCAUAAAACACCCUCCAGCAAAUAAUUUAUUUUUCUUUUUCUUUCUUAAAUUAAUUUUAUAAAAUGCAUUAGCGCAUUAAUUGCAUGAAGCGAGAGACGAUUUCAUAUGGUUAAAUGUGAAUUGGGUUACGAUGAAUUCUACUAAAUUCUUUGAUGCAUCAAAAUUUAUUACCUAGGAUCUCGGUUUUGCAUCUCCGUUUUAUAAAGAAAAGAAUAUUGAUAAAAUAAUCAUAAGGUUAGAAGCAACGUAAGAUUCUGAUAUUUGACACACACACACACACACACACACACACACAAAACGUAAGAUUCUGAAGCAAAAAACAUCAGAUUCUAGAAUCCGAAGCAUUAUCUAUGUCUAUAUAUAAAAUCAUCCAAAUCAACCAGUGUGUAACCUUAAAACUCUCUAGCUAGAUCCAAUGCCUCCGAUAACUUCGUCAAGCCGCCGUAGCCUUCGCCAUGUUAUCUUCUUCAUAUUUACCAUAAUAUUCAUCAUAGCUCUAGGUGUUUUCAUUACCUGGCUCGUAACCAAACGCAAGAAACUUCAUUACAGUGUUGAAUACGCGUUUGUACAAAACUUUACCCUUACCAACGAAAAUUACAUGUCAGCUACAUUCAAAAUCACCAUCCAGUCGUACAACCCCAACCACCAACUCUCGGUUUACUACACUUCCGUCCAGAUAUUCGUUCAAUUCAAGGACCAGACGCUUGCGUUCGACACGAAGUUGGAACCGUUUCAACAACCGCGAAUGAACGUUGCGCUGAUCGAUGACGCGUUGAUCGUUCAAAACGUCCGCGUUUCCGAAUCCAGUGGUGAGGAUUUGAGGGUUCAAGCUUCGUUGGGAAAUAUCGACUUUGAAGUAUUUGUUAAGGCGAGGGUUAGGUUCAUAAUCGGAUUUUGGUGGACAGCACAUCGUACGGCUAAUAUUGAGUGUUCUCAUGUCACAUUCUCUUUGUCCCAACUAAACAAUUCCCAACAUAGUUCAUGUUACGCUAAUCUUUAGUUAGUAAGUUUAGCAUUGUCACACUAAUAAUUAAAUUGUUCAUAAAUUGACUUAUGUUAUGCAUGCAUGAACGAAUUAUAUUUAUAGUCAUUUUUUACGUAUAAAUGUACAUGUAUAUAUACUUUUGUAAUGUUUUUUGUUUUUUUUUGGGUCAAA